AUGGCAACGACUAUCACUGUUGAUUUAUCGAAUGAUGACGAACGAAAAUCAAUUAUUCAAACUCCCGUUGAACAUCAAUCUGCAUUGCAUCCUCCAACGAAAAUUUUCAAAGGAUUUCCAAUAAAAAUAAUACAAACAAUUGAAGCUGAUCGACGACAACGAUGUUCGCCUAUACCGCAAUCACUAUCAGAUUUUAUUAUUAUUACACCACCGUCCAUUGAAAUAUCACCAGAUGACGAUUCUGCUUUAGGUGAUGAUAAUAAUAAUCAAACAAAACUAACCACACCAAUAGCAGAUCAAGCUCGUUUGCGUCCGCUAAGACUAUCGCGCCGACAACGAUCACCAUCUGAAACACGUCUUAAUUUAGAUUCGAAUGAAACUUUAGAUGAUCGUGAACAUUUAACUAAUAGUCAAUUGGAAGUAUCGAAACCAAAAUUUAAAAGCGAAUUGCGAAGUUCGGAUCCAUUACUUCUUGAUAGAAAACACUUAAAACCGAAUCGUAUAGAUUUGUUUCGCAAUGCUGUACUUGAACGUCGUUUUGCUCGUCGAAUUCAUUCAGCAUAUUCAUCGUCAACAACGUUACGUGCGUUAACUCGACGUCGUUCAACACAAAAUUUAUUAGCACGUAAUCGUCGAAAUGUAUUCCAUCUACCACGAAAUUCAAAGUGGCAUAUUGUUCGUAGUCGUUUGCACGAUAUUGCCAUGAUGAGUGAAUCAUAUGCACGAAUGCGAUUAGUAGAACAAGAUUUACGUUGGACAAAAUUACGCGAAAGAAUUCGUUCACAAGUAUUAGACAUGAGAGAAAUGUCUCUAUUACGACAACAAGACGAUGGAGUUAAAACUAAAAAGAAAACCUAUAAAUCAAAAUUCGAUUUGAAAGCUAUUCCACUGAAUGAAGUUAUACAUGUAGAACGUGAUGGUCGAGUCUAUUCAAUGAGUACGCGUGAUCUUGUUUUAGGUCGAUUGCUUUGUGAUGAAGAUAUUCAAUUAGAUACAUUUGCUCAAUUAGAUGCUCGACGGCAAUUUCAAGUGCAACAACGUUUAGUAAAACAACAAGAGGGAAGGACGCGUUUGAAGAAACAUAUUGCCUUUUCAUUUUGCCUGUGUAAUUUAUCUUUUAUUAUUCUUAUGUUUGCUGCAAUGUUGAUUUUUGCUACGAAAACGAUAUUGGAACUGAUAUUAUGA